AUGUUCACCUGCGGACGUCUUGUCGAUCAGGCAACUCAAGAGAAUGAUCUCCCCGCGCCAGGCGCUGUCCUUGCCGAGUCAGUUCAACUCUGUCGUAAGGAUGCUACAAAUGUUAACCGUAUUGUUACAAAAACAAUGGAAAAAUUACAAAAACCAAGCGUUAUGAUCAGACUGAAAGCUCUUCGUUAUCUUCUUCAUCUUACACAAAAUGGCCCACCAUCUGUCCAAAACGAACUUAGACUUUAUUCUGCUCAAAUUUCUCAAUGCAUGAGCUGGCGUGGUCUCCCACACCCAACACGUCAGUGGGAACCAUACCAGGAAAUGAACGAUGUAGCACAGUCUCUUCUUGACCUUGUUUUUGCUGCAGCUCAGCCUACAUUCACAGCUGCAGUUCAGAUCCCAGUUCAAGGCAAUCAGCCAACAUACAACAGAACAGCCGGCAUUUCCUAUAUGGAGUCUUGCGGUAAUACAGUUGUCUAUAAUCAAAAUGCUUCCUUAGAGCCAAAGAUGCUCGGUGGCCAGAAAGAUGUCGGCCAGGAAAUUCUUGGCUUCUUCAAGAAGACAUUCAAGAUCGAAGACAAGAAUCAGCCACCACCAAAAUACGAUUCAAUCGGAAAUACAGGCAUGGUCACAACUGCUCCACAAUACCGCCCACCACCAGCCAACCCAAUGCCAGGUCAAUAUGGUCAGCCAGGCCAAUAUGGUCAACCAGGUCAGUACGGUGAACCAAUGGAUUACAACCAGCAACAAGCAUAUCAGCAGCCACAGCCAACAUACGCUCCACCAACACGUGGCCAGUUCCAGAAUCUUCAGCAGGACCCAACAUGGGCAAACAAGAAGGUCAUCGAUGCUCCAGCCGCAAAGGCAGCAUCAACAUCAAACUCACCAGCAUCAAAGCUUCUUAAAGUUACAGGAAACCGCGCUCUCCCAACAAACGGCGAACUUACAGCUUUCAGGAAUACAAUCGAGGCCGAUUGCAUCGAUGAACUCGUUGCUGCUCUCGAUAACCAAGACUGGAAGGUCAGAGUUCGUGCUCUUGCUGGUCUCGACAUUGCCGGUGAGAAGUUCACAUACGGCGCCGUCUCCAACGUUAAGGAUAAAGUCGCUAAGCUCAUGACAGCACCACAGGCAUCUCUUAAGGGUGCUGCUAACAAAUUCUACGCUAAAAUCAAAGAUGUUGAAUACACUGGAAUCCCAGAGGCACCAUCCGCUUUCGACUUCGCAGCCGCCGAGGGUGAAACAGAGGCAGUCGUCAAACAAGACGAGGUCAUCGACUUCGGCGCAGCUGAGGACGAACAGAAGGAACAGCCAAAUGAAGAGAAGGCAGAGGAGAAUGAGGAAGAAAAGAAGGAUGAUGAAGAAAAGGAAGAUGAACAGUAA